UGACAGGCCAGGCCCCCAACUUCCCAUGGUAUUCCUGCGCCGCUGUGGCUUGUUGUAUUGCAUCAUGCUUGUGCGGGCAAACCUUUCAUAGCUGUCUCUCUGGUCUCUUUUUUAUCGUCUUUACUUCCUCACUUUCUCUUGUGUUGUUAUUCCCUUUUACCGUGCCCGCAAUUCGACGUCGUGAUUUCCAGGUGUCAUUAGUCUACGCACCGGCCCCAUACAUACCUCGAUCUGCAUAAGCCUGUCACCUGGACGUGAAGGCUCUCUCACUUGACCUCAUUUCAACCCUAUCACCUCGGCUGCAGUUAUCAUGUCGAUCAAUACUCCCGAUCAUGGCGCUGGAAAACCACGCCUCCAUACGGCGCGCUCGUUUCCAAGGAUGGAUUCCUCUGAACCCAGUCCUUUCAUCCGCUCCAGAGCCAAGACCGUUCAAUCGGUCGCAAUUCCAGAACUGGUAGACUCUGAGUCGCUUCCAAUGCCUCUAUCAUCCACGGAAGAGGACCACGAUUCCGGCCCAGACCUGUUCGAGAAAACCGGAUCCCCGGAUUUGGCACACGAUGGGGACGGACAAGGGGAGGACACAUCUGUUCUGUCGCGCGGCAUUCAGAGCUACACAGAAGAGCUUCCCAUCGAGCUGGUUAGCUUGACGGAUAGAUUCGUCAACUCCCUCACUGCCAAAGUUCACUCGUCUCCGCCAACGGCCGACAGGGUGUCCGAUCGCUUUCAGGAAUUUUACGAACGGGCAGAAGCGCAUAUUGCUACACACAUAUCGGCUCUUGCAUCGCGGAUAAAUCGAGACUCGAACGCACAAGGCUCGGAUGGGCGACAGAUGCUGACUGCCUCGGAAGUGACGGAGAAGAGAAUUGCGCGGAAACAUCUAGCAACCAAGCGCAUCGCUCUAGAAGAAGCCGUAGAGCGGAGGGCGUGUGAGAGCAUCUAUGACAAGCUAUGGAGACAUAAGAGCACGUUGGACGAAAUCAGGGACGAAAAGCUGCGUUCGAAGACAGCGGCACUGCUCUUGGUUGGCAUCAACUUGAAAGACCUGGGAAUAGAGCUCGACGUGAGCUCCAUCAGUGAGGAGAAGCAGAAAGAGGCCAAUGACUGUCUGUCUAUUGCCCGUGAUUGCCUAGCGAAGAUGAACGACGAGAAAUAUCCUUUGGGCAAGCUACAACAGCUGGCCGCCGCCCACAAGGCCAUAGUUGAUGCUCUGACUAAGUUGUUGCCGUCCUCAUCAUCUGCUGAUGAAAUUCUCCCUACUCUGAUCUACUGUCUCAUCACCAGUCCUCCUGAAGGUAUAAACGUGAUAAGCAAUCUUCUCUUCAUACAGCGGUUUAGAUCAUCCAGUAAAAUGGAUGGCGAAACCGCAUACUGUUUGACAAAUCUGGAGGCCGCUAUCAGUUUCCUCGAGAAUGUAGACUUGUCGGACCUCCGCGGAGGAGCGCUGCACGAAGACCAGACAAAAUCCGCCGGUGACGAACCGACGACUGUCGCAAAGGCUGAUACUCCCCAGCCUUUUAAGGAUACACCAGUCUCAUCAGUGAUAUCGACGACUGCCUCGCCAGAAAUAUCAAGACCUCCAGGCCCAGGGGCUUCGGCCACAUUCCCAAGAACACAGUCCUCAAGGAAUGCCCAGCAAGGCAGGCUGAACAACCUAUUCCAGCCACCUGCGAAGGUACUUGGUGCCGCCAAUGACGCAGUCCGCAACACCGCGGACCAGGGCUUGAAGAACAUAAGUGCAUCACUAGACAGCAGCUUCAACUUUCUUUUUGGUCGUCUUAAAGAGUUGCAGACUAGCCAGUUCGCUGCCAAAGAUGGUGGUAACCCAGUUGUACCAAAGACACUGGCAGAAGCUCGACGUCUGGUCACGUCGCCAAUAGCCUCCGAGAACAGUCUGAACCCUGAUACCAAUCCGGCCCGAGAACCCCGUGCCGCUGAUCGGCCGCAGCUGCGGCGCAUUGGCUCCAAAGCAGAAGACACGCUACUAGGAUUGGUAGGUGGUCAAAGAACGCCUCGCGACCGAAGUGCGGACAGCGUUCGGACGCAGAGUAGCGCCCGCAAGACGGCCGUCCCCUCAGGUCUGCAGAAAGACGACUCUCAGACAUCGCCUGCAAGCUCUUCGACGACCCCGACGCCUACGCCGCUGGAAUCCAUGCGGAGCUUCGGGAACACACUCAAUCCACUCAAUCAUAUUCCCGGCAUGAUCCGAAGCUUCGGCCGUGUGGCCCCCGAGACACCGAGCCCUUCCUUCUCGUCUCCGAACACUCCCACCGAAAGAAUCAGGCAGUCGAUUGUCUCCCGCGAUUCCUCAUCCUCCAUCCACAGUACCUCAUCCAAGACUGCUACUGAGACAAAGGUCGAGCUCAAGGUCGACCCGCCUAUUCAACGCUUCCUCCAGAUGCAGAGCGCCAGCGAAAUGACCAUCGCAGAUGUGUCCAUCCUCCUUGAAGACUAUAAGCGACUUGCUGCAGGACUGUCGAGGCAGACCUCGAAUUGACGUAGUGACUUGGGCGCCUCCACCACACUCGUUUCCGUUAUCUGUGCUCCUAGGAAACUCUAAGUGGAACUCCUAAGUGCACCAACUCCUUUUUAUCCCAUGGCGUAGGACUUAUUGGCCAUGACGUUCUUUCCAUUUUCCUGUUUUUCAUGUGAGAUUGUGGAUUCACUGCUGGUGUUCAGUGUCCCACCCCAGGCAUCCUGCAUUUCCCAGCAUUUUGGGCAUAUGAGGCUCUUCUGUCUAGCAUUUUCUAGAACCCAAACAAUGCGAACGUUCUUUUCUUCUCGAGAGAGGAGGUCUUUUAUCACGCAAGAAAUAAAGGGGUAUAUUGAUACUUUGUAGUGCCGGGUA